AUGAAGUUUCGUGCCAAGAUCACCAACAAGGGCUUUAUAGAGCUCUUCAUUCAGGUCAGUGGCACCAUAGCAAAGUUGGCAAAGGUCUGCGUGCUCCGUGUGUGCCAAGACAAACUGUGCUUUGGUCCCACAGGCCCCAGGGCCACCCGAGAGGCCAGGCUGUGGUGCGAAGUGAUGCGGGGAGCCUCCUUCUACCAGUUUAACAUGGAAGGUGUUUCUGAAGAUCUCAAUGAGAUUUAUCUAGAGCUGGUAUCAGAGCAUUUGUACAGAGCUGUGAGAAGUGCAGGAAAUGCUGCCUCCCUGAAAAUCCAGCUGACCAACAAGCGUCGCCCCUGCCUCACAGUGGCCGUAGAGCUGGCAUCGCGCACUGGGCACACCCAUGUGAUGGUCCAUGAUCUACCUGUGAGGGUGCUUCCCAGAAGAUGGUGGAAAGAGUACCCAGAGCCCAGUAUUCAAGUCUCUGAUGUGAGUGUUUAUCUGCCAGCUUUGAAGACCCUGAAGAGCAUUGUGGAAAGGAUGGCCAACAUGGGUGAUAACGUGCUGGUGGAAGCAAAUCUAAAUGGUAAAAUGAACUUGAGUAUAGAAACUGAUGUAGUAUCUAUUAAAAGUUAUUUUGAAAAUCUUGGAAAUCCUUUAAAGUCUGCUCAUAGCGUGACCCAAGACAGAGACCCGGAGAACAUGGUGCAAGUGCGGGUAGAGAAUAGGAAACUUCUGCAGUUUUUUGAGGGACAGCAGAUAAAUCCCAAAACGGCCUUAUGCAAUAUUUUGAGCAAUACUCUUCUUCAUCUUGUUUUGGUUCAUGAAGACGUCUCUCUUCAGUAUUUCAUUCCUGCCUUAUAA